UGCCUCACGUAAGCAGAAUAUUAAAAUAAGCAAAAUGGGCGACCCUAGACAAAACGAUGGUCAUCAAGACAUACCAAAUUUGACGCCAGGUACACCAUCAAUUUCCAUAAAAACUUUCCAAGACGUGGUACACAAGUGGGUAGAGGGGCAUGAAUUAAAUUCAAAGGAACAACUUGCCGUCUUUCACAAGUUGAUAGACAUUUUAUGCGAUCAAAACUUGAAAGAUUGGUCUGAAACUAUACGUGACACGCUUGAGCGAAGUGUCAAACUAAAUACAAACAGAAAGCGGAAUGCACCAGCCAAAUUUAACGAAUCAAUUAGAUCCGCCCAGGAUGUAGAGUACGAUUCAUUGACUGGUGACGAUUCGGGAAAAACGCAAAAUCGUAGGUGGACCCACACGAAGGGACUAAAGCAAUUAAAUAGAAAAGUACUAAUCAAAGGCGCCAUCUUGUUAGUAACUUUGGCUGCAAAUAUGUUAUUGACUUAUGCAAUUUCUGCGACCAUAGUGUGUCAUAGCCAAAUCAACGAGAUGCAGAAUACCAAUAUCUCAAGCACCACUUAUAAUCCCUCAACGACAACCGGAACGCCAAAAUCCUUCUGCACAAUGAAUCCAUCGCUAAAAUUUGAUGAUACCUAUUCUCCCGCCAACGCAACUGAACUUAUUCCAAACUGGAAUAAGCCGAAACUCGACCUAUGUCACGAUUCCGAAACGAUUUUAAUCAUAACUGAACCUUUAAUACUAAAUGAAGCGCAAGAAAUCCGAUGUUCUGAGCGGGUCACUGGACCUAUCAUUUUUGUCACGUUAACAAAUUUCGAGCUGCAAGCGUUCCUUAACAAAUUUUGUCACAUUAUGCAAAUUUCAUUUGUUGGAAAUGCCGUCUGUCGUUUACCGAAUGAUUCCAAAAUUUCAGAAGGACUUAUCUUUGGUCAGAAUUUGCAAGCCAUCAGUUUCGAAGAGUUAGAAGACUGUUCAGAGUUUUACCGAAAACUGGGGGAUUCUUUGAUUGCGAAAAGAUUGACAACUGUCGCAUUUAAAUGUACAUCUUUCAAGAAAGAAGAAUUACAAGGGUUAGAAUAUUUUUUUAGCCGACAGGGUACUCCCAGCAGGGUUAAAUGUUCCAAUGAGAAGGGAUGUGUAGACCUUGAUUUAUCCGUUAACCGACAAGCGAUUGUGGAUUAUAGUGUAGUUUCGUGCCUUUGAUUGGACUUUAUAAUCCCAACUAAUUCUCAGUUUGCUCAGCACUGAGGAAAGUAAAUUCCUGAGUAAAAAAAAACUGAGUUGGAGCUGGGAGAUUAGAUCUUUUUUUGCUCCGAUUACGAAUUUGAAAUUAAACUCUUGAAAUAGAUUAGGGGUUAGACUUAAUGAAAACAUGGAUUCGGAGAAUGAAUUCGGUUCGGAUUAGAUUACUUUACAAAAAUAUUUUGGAUUGGGAUUAGUUUCAAGAUUAAAAUAAUUAGGAUUUUUUACUAAUUUUUAAUUCAUUUGUUUAACACUUGUUUUUCUAUUUCAUAGCAAGAAGAAAGUAGCGGAACAGGGUUUGAUGGGUUAAAAAGAUAUUUUUUGAGUCAUAAGAGCAACAAACAUACAUGUAUUUACAAACACGUUAUGAAAAAAUUUGACAAGAAUCACACACACCGGUUAAUUCUAAUGAUAGUAGUAGUAAUAGUGAUAGUGAACCUUAGAUUCACCGGGAAGUCGGACGCAGCAAUGAUAGAAAGGGUGGGACUUGGAAGUAACAAUUUUGGACGGAAGCGGAGAUGUACAGGGAUAUUUACAAGCGCUAAUUUUGGUCAGAAGCGGGGUUACAGGCACUUGGGAGCUAUGGUGUGGCGUCAGCGGUUGAGUUCUGAUCGGAGGCGGAAGCAUUGGAAGGUGGAUGCACAAAUCCUGUUCGGGGGAGGAGGCUCAGAAAGUUUGAAGCGAAAAUUUAAGGCCGGCUAACGGAAUCCAGACCAACUUGAGAUGGAAUUCGGAGCGGAAGCCGGAGGCGCUUGGAAGCUAUAUCCAAGCGCACCAGAGUGUACAAGUCUGUGGCGAUAUCAUUCGUGUCCUUGGUAGCCCGUUGGAGUCGCAACUCUUAACUGGGACGGAAGCACUGAAAAGGCGAACAUUUUGGCGGAAAGCGGACACCGGAGGCGAUUUCGGUUGGAAUCUGUUAGGCAGCUAACGUGAAAAGUACCAUUCAAAUUGGUGCAGCCAAAAUCUGUUUAACCCUACCCCUAACAACGGAAGGUGUCCAAUUUACUUCACUGAAAAUGGUUCACCUGAAAGCGGUAAGACAUGUCCUCAAACAGUCACACAUCAUUAAUAGGUUACUAAUUGUUGCAGGUUUACACGAGCGCUAGUCUUCUGCUCGAAAAUCAAAAAUUGUUUUUGCAUUCGACGAGGCUUCGUUGGUACAUAUAGGAUUGUAGGAUCAUGGGCUGUGCAACGUGUUCGAAGAGUGUUCGAGCCCUGGGAUGAAUACGGUCUGAAGGACGUUGCUACACGUUCCUAUCGGAGUAUCCGAGCUGUGGAGUACGUACUCCGGCCCCCGGAGGCCGGAGUACGCGACUUUUUCUGGAGUACGGAGUACGCGGGGUACCGAUUACGCAAAAUAUCCGAUCUAUGCGUUCCUAAGCAUCGUUGAUACUUCAAUUUUAUUUAUUAAACUUGGUUUGAUAGGCUGUAGGGCCCCUACAAUAAAUAUUUGAUAAUAAUUAAUUUACACUGGAAUUCAGUGGAAAAGCGAUGCAAAAAAUUUUUGUAAUUUAUUUUUCGAUAAUACGAAUGCUGUCUGCCAUCCAUUUCCAGCAUAUGUAUGUGUCCGGUCACAAGAUUGUGGAAAAAUUAGUGGCUAGUUUUUGAAAUUUGAUAAAAAAUUUUGUCAUGUUUGUGGCGUUGGAUACCAGGGUAACUGAAAUGAUAAAAAUGUAAAGGGGAAAAAUGUGAAUAUUUAGUAAAUAUUUGAUAAGUAGAUGUGUAACUAGCAAACUGAUACCCCAGGCGUAUCGAGACUUAUUUUUUGUACCUUCUAUGUAGUCGUUUUUCAACAUGUAUAAAUAAAUACUCCAAUAAUACAUUGGUCAAAACC